UUACAGGUUGUUUGGGUGUUUCUCGGGAUUUUAAAAAAAUUAUACUUUUUCAAAUUUAAUCUUUGAUUUUUCUCUGACGUGUCACCCUGCUGUGGAGAUGGAGGCUCGUGUUUUGCUGCUACUUUUCACCCUGCGCUGUCUGCUCGCUGCUGCGGGGGCUGCUGAUGUGACUGAGCCGCCGGGGGAGAGCGGCUCUGCCGCCGCCCCAGAAGAGCGACUGCACCCGCAACGUGCAGGUGAAAUAAAUGCCUGUCUGCACCAUGUACCAGAUGUGGGAUGUGAUACUUUUGCAUGUCUGGAAAACACAACCUGUCAUCUAGAUGACAACUUGUAUGAAAUCUGCACAGACUUUCUUCAGAAUGCAGACAACUUUGAUGUACAGGGAAAACAAUUCAUCAAAGAUUUCCUGAAGUGCAGUGCCAUUGGGAUCAAGUCCAGAUUCAGCAGCAGUGUUACCAGAUGUGCUGCAGUGCAAAGGAUCCUUGUUCAUGUGCAAGCAAAAUGUUACCAGCAACAUAACAUCUGUGCUGUAGCAAACAGCAAUAUUGAUGCUUUGGCGAACAUGAUUGAUCUUAACAAAAUACAUUUGAAUGGGGCAUACUUGGAAUAUGUGAGGUUCCUGUUUGACUGUGAUAAUGACAUUACUGUUGCCAUAAGAAGUCAUCUACAAUCUCGACUUGGUUCAUCUUUGAGCAUCUUGAGGGAAUUAUUGCAAGAUUCUUGUACCAUAAUGGAGAAAACAACACCAGCGUCUAUUACUGAAGGUCAUGUUCUACCAGAUGAUGAUACCACUCAAGAUAAUAAUUGGAAGUGAGGAAACUAAGGAGCCUAGAUAUGGGACUAAAUGUUGUGCUAUGCAGUAAUGAGAUGGUAUUGAUGCAUUUGACUUGUUUGCCAUAAAUAUCUGAGUGAAUUUGAAGUCAUUAUCUCCUGUAUAAUCAACUCCAGAAAUUAUAAUGAUCCCCAUUUGAAAUGCCACUAAAUCUCCUUGGAUGUUUUUGCUAUUAGCACAAUGUACCUCCAAGUUCUUAUUGCAUUAUUUCCAGUUCUUUCAAUAAAUCUGGAACUAAUGUUGUACAAAUGUUUGCUUAUGCAACUUCAGUCCAUUAAAAAAAGUAUUGGUUCACUUCAAUUCAGUGUUUUCUUUUCUAAACUAUUGGUAGUUGUCAGCUGGCAAAGCUUCAAGGCUGCAACUGUGCUGGUGGUCUUGGGGAGAGUCAUUACAAUGAAAAUUUUGCUUUGUCUGAAAGCACAGAUGGGAGUAGCUCUCAAUUCUGGCCUGGAACCUGCUUGGAGUUUCCUGUGGGUAAUGGUCUGAUUUAGCAUCAGUCAAUUGCAGUGCAUGGAGUGACACUUGUUUUAAAUAGAUCUGAAUUUUCCCUAUUCUUGGACUCCAUAACAAUAACUUUCAGGUCUUUACCUCUACCCCAGUCAUAAACUCUUGUACCUAUCAGAACUACAUUCAUUCUAAGCUGUCAACUUCCAUUUCAAAAGUACUUCAUUUUUGCAUUUUCUUAUUGAAAUAACUGUGGCAGAGAUAUAAGGAAUGUAACAGAUCAGUUCCCCACAUUCUCCCUCUGCUUGGACUCAUAUCCUUCUUGGGUCCUUCACUUUAAUCCAACCAUGAACCUGUAGGAGACACAUUCAUUAUCAUUGUUACAAACUUACCUAAAUGUAUUUAUGAAUUUCAAUUGUUCCUUUAUACAUUGCUUUUGAAUUGAUUAAAAGCAGUUUUGUCUCUUU